AUGAAAUAUAUUUUACUUUUUUAUACUUUAUUUAUUUUCUUUUACAACAUACCAUAUGAUUAUCUCGAAAAAAAAAAAUAUAUCGCUUGCUUCGAUAGCGUGACACAAAAUGAUGAAGUAGACAUUUUUUAUAGUAGUCCUUCCAGAAUUCAAGAAGAAAAAAGAAAUCAUAGAAUAUUAUAUGGACUUUUAAGAAAAGGUAGAAAAAGAAAAAGAAGAAGAAAUAAAAGUAGCAGAAGAAAUCGACCACAAGCUAGGAAAAAUAAAAAUAAAAGGAAGAAGAUGAAAAAGAAAAAUGAAAAACUAGCCAAACGGAGAAGAAGAAAAGAAAGGAACAGAAAAAAAAAACAACUAAAAAAAGAAAAACGAAGAAGAAAAAAAAAAGAAAAGAAACAAAAAAAAGAAAUGAAAAAAAAAGAAAAGGAAGAAAGAAAAAGAAGAAAAGAAGAAGAAAAAUUAAAUUUGAAAUCACAAGAAAAUAACAAUUCAGUUAAUCAAAAUAAAUUUAAUGAUAAUAAUAAUAAUAAUAAUAAUGAUGAUGAUGAUAAUGAAGAUGACCAUGAAAAAGAAACGGAUGGAGUAAAUAAUCAAAAUGAUAAUUAUGAAAAUACACAAAAUAAUAUAAAUAUUAAAAAUGGAAAAGUACCAAUAAAUAAUAAUAAUAUGGAAUCAUCGAAUCAAAAUAAUAAUACAUCAAAUAUACAAAAAAAUUAUAAAAAUAAUGAUUAUUCAAAUGCAUAUGAAGAACAUAAAAACUACCCACUCAACACAUAUAAUAAUGAUAUACAUACAAAGGUUAUUGACCUCGAUAAAUUACAACAUACAUCCAAAACAGAAAUUAUAGAAAAGCUUAAUCGGGCUAUAGAAAUGUUACAAUAA